ACCGAGUGGCCCCACUGACGCGUUGAACACAGACUGACGCGGGUGGUCUGUCAGUGAAACCGCGAUAGAUAUCAACAAAACCAGACAGUAUCAUCGGUUUUCAGUGACGCAUUGCUGAUACUGUUAAGCUCGGGGAUGGAAAAUAAACUCGACUUUUAAUUCGUGCACAAACUCGAUUGUUAGCCCGUAAUCUGCUGUGUCAGUGCAGAGGUACCGUCGCACUUGAGGUAUUGUGUUUGUUGACUACACCGUGGUUGUGCAGGAGCUCAAGACCGCUGAACUUGAAUCGUUCUGAGCCGCAGUUCUUACGUGUACGGAACUACAGCGCCACGUGAAAUGUUACACGAAUACCCUUGAAACUGGUGAAUAACACAAACGGAUGCCAUAGACAGUAAGAGUUCACCAUCCCGAAUCCACCUGUGCUUGAAAAAAGGACUCGAGAACGAAAAUAAAUAAAUAAAUAAAUAAAUAAAUAACAGACAGAAUGAUAUUUUCAAUGGAAAGAACCACCUUCAGCGUGGUGGUCCUCGGGGUGGCCUUCAUGUUCAUCUUCACGUCCUUCCAAACACAAGGAAACAUGCAGCAAGUAGUCAUCAAGAGCAUCCAGCGGGACGACUCGAACUUCAAGGGCUCUGGCUACAUCUCCCUGGCCGUCAUCUACGCCGUCUUCGCCACCUUCAACUGGCUCGCCCCUUCCUGCCUCAGCUUCCUGGGGCCCAAGCUGACCAUGAUCGUCGGGGGCGUCACCUAUGUGAUAUUCAUCGCGAGUUUCCUGUGGCCUCAGACGUGGCUUUUGUACCUGAGUUCAGUCCUGAUAGGGGUCGGCGCGGCUCUCAUCUGGACGGGGCAGGGCAACUACCUCACUCUCAUGUCCGAGCGAGACACAAUUGCACGGAAUUCCGGCAUUUUCUGGGCUCUGUUUCAAAGCAGCCUCCUCUUCGGAAACAUCUUCGUGUUCUACAUGUUCAUGGGGAAGGACGUCAUCGACGCAGGGACGCGCCUCGUGGUGUUCGCGGCGCUGACGGGCGUGGCGCUGCUUGGCCUGGCGAUCCUGCUGGCGCUGCCCAAGCCCGGCGCCGGCGGGAGCGGGCGCCAGGACGACAUGGGCGGACCGCUCGACGCCCUCAAGAAGUCCUUCGAGCUCUUCAAGACGCGGGACAUGAUCCUGCUCUCGGCGACUUUCUUCUACACGGGUAUUGAGUUGUCGUUCUUCAGCGGAGUCUACAGCACCUGUGUUGGCUCGACGCUCAGGUUUAGCGAUCCCAACCGCCUCGUUGGUAUUUCCGGCAUGUGCAUUGGUAUCGGAGAAAUAUUAGGUGGUGGGAUUUUCGGCAUCUUUGGCGGCAAGACCGUGAAGGCUGGAAGGGAUCCCAUCGUGCUCCUAGGAUUCCUGACGCACAUCCUCAGCUUCUUCCUCAUCUUCCUCAAUCUUCCUACUAUGUCUCCUCUCGAGCGCACAUACGACCCCAGCUUCCUCGGCGCCGGCCAGCCAAGCGAGUUUGUCGCCCUCCUCUGCAGCGCUAUGUUGGGCUUCGGCGACGCCUGCUUCAACACGCAGAUCUACUCCAUCCUCGGGUCCAUCUACCAGGACAACUCGGGCCCUGCUUUCGCGCUGUACAAGUUCACGCAGUCGCUGUCUGCCGCCGCCUGCUUCUUUUACUCGAGUGUGGUGCAGCUUCACUGGCACCUCGCUAUCCUUACGGUGUUCUGCGUUCUGGGCACAAUCAGCUUCUGUGUAGUAGAAUGGAAAGCCUACCGGACUGUACAACAUGCUGUUGACACCAAAAGUUAGGCAUAUUGUAUGAUGAUUGCUAUCUCUAUUCGAUAGUAGGUUUAUGAUUCCAUUAUAUACAUCUGAAAUAUAUAAAGAUUCCAAAUACUUGUUAAGUGAUAACACACUUACCUUACGUUAGCCCCGCUAUGGUGUGGCAUGUCGUUGCCUUAAAAACUAAAUUGAGAUUAGCGUUCUAAUUCAUUUCACGUAUAUACCACACACACACACACACUAAUAUGAGCGCGGGUGUGUGUGUGUGUGUGUGUGUGUACUUAUAUAUACAAACCAGAGGGGAGGAAGUGAAAUACAUGCCAAAUUAUACCGGUAUGCCAUCCAUCCUACCAUUUUUGUAUAUUUGUCAAUUAAAUUAGUCUUCUUUUUCAUUAUUUCCAUGGUCACAACUGUUGCUCAAGCGUCGGUCAUAUUAACAUUAUCAUGUAAUGAUAAUUAUAUCAGACAUCAGCUUAUCACACGUUACUUAAUUUUCAAUAAAAUAAUGAUUUUGAAAA